AUGGCAACACCUGACAGCAGCAACGGCGCUGUUCUAAACGGGAUAGAGAGAACAUCUCCGACAUGGGACGGCAACAAGAGCAGCAAACCUGGCGAUCCCGAAUCCACCGUUAAGGCGCCGGCUCAUGAUGUCCCGGCGGCCUUUACUGCGUCUCGCAAACCGAACGCAGCGCCCGCGCAUGCCGCUGCUGUCUCCGCCGCGUCUGGCGCGGAGGCGGCGGAAACCGCCCCGCCCCGACAGCCUGCGCUGUCCGCCCUGUCGUUCGCGCCGGUUACCCCAGGCGCAGGCGAAGUUUCGACGAAGCGCCGCUCGCGCUUGACUGAUAUUGACUGCUCUCCUCGGCCCUCCAAUGCGACAAGCACCUUGGGGGAAAAGGGGGAAACUUGCGCCAACGGGGAGGCGCAUGCGGAGAGGAUAAAAUCAGCGCCGAGGGCUGCGGAGAGGGGGCGAAUCUGCGGGGACGGCAGUGAGGCGGAGGAGCGAAUGCGCGCGCAACUGGCGGACGCGCGGAAGAUGGUGCGCGCGCUGGUGGGGGAAUUGGCGGCGAGAGACGUUGAGGGGGAUGAUGACGUGGCAUCGGGGGACGAUGACGAGGAUGCGGAGGACGUUGACGAGGAUGGGAGAGGCCAAGGAGACGAAUUCGAUCUGAGCAAGGCGCUGCGGCAGGAGCGGCGGGUGGUGCGGCUGAAGCAGCAGCUGGCGCGCGCGCGGGCGGAGCGAGAGUCCCUAGAGGCGGAGAUGCGCGCGGAGAGGGCGGAAUGGCGCGCGCUGGAGGCGGAAGCGCGCAGGGGGAGGGCGGGCGCGCGCACUAGCGGUGCCGUAAUGGAUUCCCAAGAGCUGCAGGCGCAGGCGAUGGUGGCGCAGGGGGAGGUGUAUCUGGUGCAGGCUCAGCUGGAGCGGGCGGAGGCGCAGCUGCAGCGCGUGCAGGAGGAGAGGCGGAAGGAGCGGGAGAGGCAUAGGGGUGCGCUGAAGCAAUUCGUGCGAUUUUCAAUGGAGGAUAGGGAGAGGGAGAGGAGGAAAGCUGAGGAGGAGAUGGGAAGAGAGAGGAGGGAGAUGGAGGAGAGGCGGAGGAAGGAAUUGGGGGUGUUAGAGGAGGAGGUGGAGAGGUUGAGGAGGGAGAUGGAGAAGGGAAGGGAGAGAGAGAGGGAGAGGGUGCAGGAGGCGUGGGAGAGAGGGCGGAAGGAGGGGGCGGGUGAGGGGGAGUUCAUGCGGAAGGUGAUUGGGGAGGGGGAGAGGCGAGUGGCGGAACUGAGGGCGCGAGUCACGCAGCUUGAGGAGGAGAAGGGGGCGGCUGAGAGGGAGAGGAGCGAGUGGGACGCGGAGAGGAGGGAGUGGGAGGCAGAGAGGAGGAGGAUGGAGGAGAAGGUGAAGGGGGAACAGGCGCGGAGGAGAGCGGUGGAAGUGGCGUUGAGAAGCGUAGAGCGGGAGGUGGUAGAGCUGCGGAGGGCGAGGGGUGCGGUGGAAGGGGAAAGGAGGGCGGCGGUGAGAGAGGUGCAGAAAGAGGUGAUGCGGGGGAGAGAGAGGGUGGAGGAAUUGGAGAAGGAGGUGGAGGGAUUGACAGGUGAGGUAGGGGAGUUGAAAGUUGAUGUGGAGGGGUUGAAGGGCAGCGAGGCACGGCAGGCAGCAGGGGUGGCGUGUUUUGAGCAGACGGACUCGUCUCACAAGGCCGCGUCUGUGUAUGUCUGCCGUGUUGCAUCGCUGCCGGACGCCAUGCCUGCUGCUGCCAUCCGCACAGGCCAGGUGCGCCUGCACCAGGUAGCGCCUGUCUGUGUGGAGGCGAAGCAGGUCCUUCCCUGGCCAGCAGCAGCCAAGGGUCGGAGGGAGGAGAUGGAGGGGCGGCAGUGGGUUGCUGCUCCUGCUGCCCUGGCGGGGAUGGCGCAGCAGCGGCAGGCGAGAGGGCUUUGA